UUAUUCCAUUGACGAUAAAAAAAAGUCUCAACAUUUCAAGUCUAUUCGUACUCAAAACGACGAAGCGUUCUUCAAUCCUAUGGAAGUCAACGGCGGGGAAGGAAAGGUGGAGAUGGGAUCGGGACUCUACCCUGACUGGUCUGAGUUGACUCGAGAAUGUCUUCUUGACAUCUUCUCACGGCUAAGCCAGGAACAAAGAUGGAUUGGACCGAUGCUGGUCAGCAAGAACUGGAUGAACGCAUGCUAUGACCCGACACUAAACACCAUCUUCGACCUCGAAACUCGGUUUCUGUCGUUCCCUGAGUCGAUCAACUGGUGGACUCCCGAGUUUGAGGAUAAAGUCGAUUCAUUUCUCCGAUCUGUUGUUGAUCGGAGUGAAGGAGGUCUCACAGAGAUUCGGAUCAGGCAUUGUACAGAACGCUCUCUAUCUUACGCCGCCGAGAGGUGCCCUAAUCUAGAGGUACUUUGGAUAAAGAACUGCCCAAAUGUUACAGAUGCGUCAAUGGAGAAGAUAGCUAUGAACUGUCCAAAUCUUAGAGAACUUGAUAUAAGCUACUCUUAUGGCAUAACUCACGAGUCUCUGAUAACAUUGGGGAGGAGUUGCCAAAAUUUAAAGAUUCUGAAACGGAAUUUGUUGCCCCGGCUAGGUCCUAGCCUGCCAACAAUCGUCGCGCCACUAGACUAUCUGGCUACAUUUCCUAGAUAUGGGAAUAUAGAGGCUAGAAUAAUUGGGAAAUACAUGACACAGCUCAAGCAUUUGGAGAUUCGAUACUCCACAUUGACUGCUAGAGGACUUGACUCGGUUUGUAAGGGAUGUUCGAAUCUAGAGUACAUGGACUUACGCGGAUGUAUAUCAUUGACCAGAAGUGAUAUAAACACUAAUACGUCGGGCUUGAAGAAUUUGACGGAGAUCAUUAAGCCGGAUUUCAAUCCUCCGAUUGCUGUUUUACGCGUUCCAAGACCUGGUAAUCCAAGAGAGGAAUGAUGGUGUUUGGUUUUUGUUGGACGCACGUUUUGAUCAACUUGUUGACCGGUUUUUAUGCUCAGAGCUUCCUCUAUGGCAUUUUUUACUCUGUUCUUAUCUAUGUUUGAAUUCCUAAAACAAUGUGAAACCCUUUUUCUUUGUGAGUUUGUCUUGUCACUAAAUUCCCA